AUGGCGAUGAGGCCGCCGGCGCCGGUCGACGACGCCAUGCGCGCGGUCUUCACGCGCCUGCCGGCGGACGACCCGAGGAGCCUCGUCCGCGCCGCCGCCGUCUGCAGGAGCUGGCGCGCCAUCCUCUCCGACCCCGGCUUCGCCCACGGCUACCGCGCGCUCCACGGGGCGCCGCCCAUGCUCGGCUUCCUCCACAACGAGUACCGCAGGGGCAACCGCUUCGUCCCCACUUCGACCUUCCGCCGGCGGGCGUCGCAGGACCGCCCAGACUGCCAGGUCCUCGACUCCCGGCACGGCCUCGUCCUCCUCUACGCUCCUGCAUACGACCCCCCUCUUGAAGCCCGCGACCUCGUCACCGGCGACUGGUGGGACAUCGACGACGACCCCAAGUGCCGCGACAUCAUGCACUGGCCGGGCGACGGCCCCGACGACUUCUUCAGCGGGACUGGGAUGCGCUGUAAUGCCACGGUGCUCUGCGCCAAAGAUCGGUGUGACCACCUCGACUGCCAUGGCGGCCCUUUCCUCGUGGCCUUGGUGGGCUCUGUGGAGGAAGGAGGCAUUGCCCUCGCCACUGUCUACUCGUCGGAGACUCGUCAGUGGAGCCACAUGAUCUCUGUUCAGAGUCCUGGUUUGCGCAUCGAUGACGGAGGGCACACUGCUGUGGUGGGAGAUAUGGUCUAUGUCCCCAGUUAUGAGUGUGACAGUGUCGUGGAGUUCAACAUUCGUGAGCAACAACUAUCUGUGAUCAAUGUGCCAGAGAGCCUGGGCCAAGGAUUCCUUUACCUCAUCGGUGUGGAGGACGGCAUGCUGCUGUUUGCGUCCGUGCUCAAGCCUAGACUCUAUCUAUUGUCAAUGGAGGCUGGUCCUAGAGGAGCUGCGGCAUGGGCGCGACGCAGGGUCGUUGAGCUUGAGCCGUUGCUCCCUCGUCGUGCCCUCUUGGACAUGUCGAGCUCGGACGUGUGGACGGUUGGUUUCGCGGAAGGAGUUAGGGUCAUCUUCCUCAGAACACCGGCUGGGUGUUAUGCAGUUGAGCUUAAUUCAGGCCGAGCCAACAAGGUGGGUGAAUUUAGCAUUGAAAAGGUCAUGCCCUACGCGAGGUUCUGCACUGGAGGUACAUACAGACUAGUCAACAAGGUGCAUGAUGAACAGGGCAUUGAAAAGGUCAUCACCCCCAUGGCGAUGCCGCUGAGUCCGCCGGCGCUGGUUGACGAUGCCAUGCGCGCGGUCUUCAUGCGCCUGCUGGCGGACGACCCCAUGAGCCUCAUCCGCGCCGCCGCCGUCUGCAGGGGCUGGCGCGCCAUCCUCUCCGACCCCGGCUUCGCCCGCGGCUACCGCGCUCUCCACGGGGCGCCGCCCAUGCUGGGCUUCCUCCACAACGAAUACCGCAGGGGCAACCGCUUUGUCUCCACCUCGACCUUCCGCCGGCCGGCAUCCCAUGACCACCGGGACUGCCACGUUCUUGAUUCCCGGCACGGCCUCACCCUCCUCUACGCCCCUGGGUACCAUGCCCCGUUUGAUGUCUGCGACCUCGUCACCGACAACUGGCGGGAGAUCGACGACGACCCCAAGUGCCACGACAUCAUGCACUGGCCAGGCGACGACCCCGACGACUAUUACAACGGCAGCAUACACUGUAAUGCCACGGUGUUCUGCGCCAUAGACCGAUGUGACCACCUCGACUGCCAUGGUGGCCCUUUCCUCGUGGCCCUGGUGGGCUCUGCGGAUGAAGGAAGCAUUACCCUCGCCACUGUCUACUCGUCGGAGACUCGUCAGUGGAGCGACAUGAUCUCCGUUCAGACCCCGGGUCUUCAAAUCGAUACCGGAGGGCGCACUGCUGUGGUGGGAAAUAAUAAGGUCUAUGUCCCCAAUUAUGAGGGUGACAGUGUCGUGGAGUACAGCAUUCGUGAGCAACAACUGUCUGUGAUCAAGGCGCCAGAGAUCCUGGACCAGGGAUACCUUGACCUCCUGGGUGUGGAGGAUGGCAUGCUGCUGUUUGCGUCAGUGCGCAAGCCUAGACUCUAUCUAUGGUCAAUGGAGGCUGGUCCUAGAGGAGCUGCGGCAUGGGCACGGCGCAGGGUCGUCGAGCUCGAGCCGUUGCUCCCUCCUCGUGCCCUCUUGGACAUGUCGAGCUCGGAUGUGUGGACGGUUGGUUUUGCUGAAGGAGUUAGGGUAAUCUUCCUCAGAACUCCGGCUGGGUUGUACGCAGUUGAGCUUAAUUCAGGCCGAGCCAACAAGAUGGGUGAAUUUAGCAUUGAAAAGGUCAUGCCCUACACAAGGUUCUGCAUUGGAGCAUGGGGCCGGUUGCCGGGCUCCGAUGAAGCCCCACACGCAGUUGCUGGUGGUACGAUGAUGUAA